AUGCAGGAAAAAUUCAAUUUUAAUUUUUGUACAUUCAAUGCAUUUAUUAAAGAAGGUUCAACUUUACAAGAAAUUCUUCAAAUAGAAGUUGAACAAACAAAAAAUUUAGUAUUAAAAGAUUUAUUUCCAUAUUCAUUUGCUAUACAUCAUGCUAGUAUGAAUCCAGCGGAUCGUACAUUAAUUGAAGACCUUUUUCCUGAAAGACAUAAUCAAGUACUUGCAUCGACAUCAACAGUUACACUUGCUUGUAAUGUUAAUUUAUCUGCACAUGUGUUUGUUAUUAAAGAUACACAAAUUUAG